AUGCUAGACUAUCAUCUGAAAAAGAAGAAUAUUAAAGACAUACCAGAAACUGAAAAAUUAAAAGUGAUUCAGAGCAGCAUGCCGUAUGGAUUUCCAAAUUGUUGCAAGCUGUUUGCUGACUUGGAGUCGGAGGAGAAAUGUGCUGACAUUGCACAAUUUUUCUCCCGCCCUCUAGACAUUUUGGAUGCCACGACUGAUGCGUAUCUGGAUACCGAAAAAUUAAAAGAUGUGUUCAAGACUCUCUUGAAAAGAGAUGGGCGACUUGAUACCAGUGAGAUAGAAGACGAUGACCAGCGCAGUGGUAUCAUUGAAGUAUCGGCUCCAUUAAAUGGUAGCUAUCUGUCAAACACCCACGGAGUAAUAACAUUUUCACAUCCAUCCGUUUAUGAAAGUGUUGCAAACUGCAUAGGGAAACGUGAUGUGGUGUUCGCGAUCAAAUAUUUUAGUUUCUCUUUCAUAAUGGAGAAAAUGCGGUUUGCAGAGUCACAAAGCCAUGACAGUACUGUUUCAAGAAAUGUCUUCAAAAUAUCGCCAAACCAACAGAACAUCCAACGUCUUUGCGACAGGUUCACUCUUUCAGUGAUAUACAGACGCUUUAAUGUGCUUCGUCAACCCUUUUUUCAAAGCGAGGACUUUUGUCGGACCUUCUUUACAUCCAUCAUUGAAAGAAAUAGCUUUUGGAAUAAUUUCAUCUGCCUGUGCUGCAAGGAAACAAGCAGACUGUCUAUCGAUGACAGCAAUGAAGACGGUGAGACUAUGUUGUUACAAGUUGCACAGUGUAGUAACACUACUGCCACCCGUAUCCUCUUGGAAUGUGGAGCAAGUGUAAAUCGGGCAUCCACGAAAACGAACAGAGCACUUCACUAUCUGUGUGAGAGUGGUGAUGCUGAUGCUAGUGUUGUAGAACUGAUGAUACAACAUGGCGCUGAUGUUAACAAGGCUGACAGAGAUGGAAAGACAGCACUUCACUAUCUGUGUGCGAGUAUGGGUGUUGAUGCUAGUGUUGUAGAACUGAUGAUACAACAUGGCGCUGAUGUUAACAAGGCUGACAGAGAUGGAAAGACAGCAUUUCACUAUCUGUGUGAGAGUGGUGUUGAUGCUAGUGUUGUAAAACUGAUGCUACAACAUGGCGCUGAUGCUAACAAGGCUGACAUAAAUGGAAAGUCAGCAUUUCACUUUCUGUGUGGGAGAGGUGAUGUUGAUGCUAGUGUUGUAGAACUUAUGAUACAACUUUGCGCUGAUGUUAACUAGGCUGA